CCAGCAGUUACAUCCAUCGGCUUUGCGAACUGUCCACGUGUAUGCAAGGAACUAGUACACAUUUUUUAGCACUUUUAUUUAGAAAUUUGAGUUGCUCAGGAAGUCAUAAAAAUUUGUUUCAAGAACAAUGUUUCUGAGAAAUCUGGUUCUGUGUUUGUGUUUAUCUGUCAUUCUCCUUGUGCCAGGUCAAUCAGAAGCCAAAGUAAAGAGCCCAAAGGUUUUACUGAAAUCCUUAAACGUUUUACCUGAUGGUUCAGACGAAAUUAUUAAGUCUAGAGAAGGCGGGGAAGAGAAUAUCGAUCACUUGGAGAAGCGUUCGAUGGAAAUGCUCAGCCUAGGAAGAAGCGCCUCUGACGACGGUAUUUUAACCAUAGAAAAAAGACAACUUAAAAUGUUAAAGCUUGGUAAAAGACAACUUAAAAUGUUAAAGCUUGGUAAAAGACAACUUAAAAUGUUAAAGCUUGGUAAAAGACAACUUAAAAUGUUAAAGCUUGGUAAAAGACAACUUAAAAUGUUAAAGCUUGGUAAAAGACAACUUAAAAUGUUAAAGCUUGGUAAAAGACAACUUAAAAUGUUAAAGCUUGGUAAAAGACAACUUAAAAUGUUAAAGCUUGGUAAAAGACAACUUAAAAUGUUAAAGCUUGGUAAAUGAGGACAUGACAUUGUGACCAGGCAUUAGUACCGCUAGAAUAAAACACAAGAUAUAAACAA